GCCAACCGGGCCGGUGGCGCGGUGCUCCGGCAGCUCCUCUCAGGCGGCUGGAUCUUCUGAUGAGGCGUCAUGUGGAUCACCAAGAUGGAUAGGCAAAAGUCUCUCUUGUGUAUGCAUCAAGCGAAAAGGGGUAUACGCGAGAAUAUGUAUGAACCUUACUCCGGUGCAGGAACAGCGGCUUCAGAGGUUGAGGCACCGUAUGAAGGUUUAUUUUGAUCCGUCAAGGCAAGAUCAUCAGGAAGCCUUGAAAGCUCUUUGGUAUGCUACAUAUCCUGAUCAACAACUACAAGGUUUGAUUUCUGAACAGUGGAAGGACAUGGGCUGGCAAGGAAGGGACCCAUCGACUGACUUCAGAGGCGCGGGAUUCAUAUCUCUUGAGAAUCUUCUAUUCUUUGCAAAGACCUUCUCUGCAUCAUUUCAGAGGCUACUAACAAAACAAUGCGGCAAUCGAGCCGCUUGGGAGUACCCGUUUGCAGUUGCUGGUGUGAAUAUAACAUUCAUGAUCAUGCAGAUGCUGGAUCUCCAGUCUACUAAACCGAGAACGUUUGUCCGAGCUGUUUUUGUCCAAAUGCUCUCAGAGGAUGAAUGGGCAUUUGAUCUGCUCUACUGUGUUGCAUUCCUUGUGAUGGACAAGCAGUGGCUAGAGAAGAACGCUACUUACAUGGACUUCAAUGAGAUACUGAAGUCGACACGAGCGCAGCUGGAGAGAGAGCUUCUCCUGGACGAUGUGAUGCGGAUUGAAGAUAUGCCAUCAUAUGGAUUGCUUUGCUAGGGGCCACAUAGCUGUUGGAAAUUAUGAUUGAGCUUCAUGGUACGCGCGCAUAGAACAGCCCUUUGAUUUGUGGGAUGAAAGUUUUCAAGACAUGUAGAGCGAGGUCUUGCUGCUGUAUACUGGAUUUGAUUCCUACGGUGAACAAGUAAACAACUCAUUUUCUCACCAAAAUGUAUUGCUAUCCACCCGGGUUCCCUGGCCUCUGCAUUGAUGGA